AUGGGGUCCCCCGGAGGAGGAGGAGGAGGAGGGGAGCUGGAGCUGGAGGAGCUGUCCCGGCUCCGCUCGCUCUUCCUCGCCUGCGACCUGAAGGGCUCCGGCCGCAUCGAGCGCGACGACUUCGGCGCGCUGUGCCUGGAGCUGCGCGUCCGGCCGGCCGAAGCCGAGGCGAUCUUCCAGCGCCUCGACGCCGACCGCGACGGCGCCAUCAGCUUCCCCGAGUUCGCCCGCGCCUUCCAAGGCGCCGCUCCAAGGCGGGGCCGGCAGCAGCAGCAGCGGCAGCGGCAGCGGCAGCAGCGUCGGCCUCGGGGCGGCCGAGGAGAAGCGUGCGAAGAGGCGAUGGACGCGGAGGGCAGCGAGCCCGAGGCCAGCGACGCCUUCGACCUUCUGGCCGGGGCGGCGGCGGCGACGGGCCCGCGGCAGGCCUGGCGGGACUUCGAGCUCCGGCUGGGCGAGGCAGCCGGGUUCAUGCCCAGGCAAGAACAGGUCAGUGUUCUGUAUCAGAACAUCAGUAUUGUGGAACCACGAUUAAUUCAACCUUAUGAACAUGUUAUUAAGAACUUCAUUCGUGAGAUCAAGCUUCAGAGUACAGAGAUGGAAAGCUUAGCCAUAGCUGUAAAAAGGGCACAGGAUAAAGCAGCAAUGCAGCUGAGUGAACUAGAAGAGGAGAUGGACCAGCGAAUACAGGCUGCAGAGCAUAAAAUCAAGAAGGAGGAGAAACGUAAGGCAGAAGAGGCUCUGAAUGAUCUCAAGCAGCAGUAUGAAGCUGAAGUUGGUGACCUCCAAGUGACAAUAAAGAAACUUAAAAUGCUUGAAGAACAAUCUAAAAACAUCAGUCACAAAGGAGAUUUGGCUGUGCUAAAGAACAGGAUACGCGAUCUGACGUUGGAAAACCAGAAACUUAAAAAAGAUCUUAUGGAAGCACAAACAAAUAUUGCUUUCCUUCAGAGUGAAUUAGAUUCUUUGAAAAGUGAUCUUGCAGAUCAGAGCUUAAAUUCGGAGAGAGACCUGGAAAUGAUGAGAGAAUACACUGAAGACAGAGAUAGCUUGGAAAGACAGAUCGAAAUACUGCAGUCAGCAAACAGGAAACUUCAUGACAGCAACGAUGGCUUACGAAGUGCAUUAGAGAACAACUGGAGCAUAUACAACAGAUCGCUGCGUCUAACCAACUCUUCUCCUGGGAGCACAGUCUCCAGAAACAGUCCUAAAUGCCGUGGUGGCCAAUCGCCCCAAAAUACACGAUAUGACAGGUCAUCUCAUUCCUCCUAUGUGGAUGAAGACUAUGAUUCUCUGGCACUUUGUGAUCCUUUGCAGAGGAUAAGCUGUGAGGUAGACAGCUUGCCUGAAAGCUGCUUUGACAGCGGUCUGUCUACCCUGAGAGACUCCAAUGAAUACGACUCAGAAGUGGAAUCCAAGCAUCAAAGGACUUCCCAAAGGUCACUGUGUCCACAGGAAAGCGUUGCGGGAGAUGCUUCUGAUACAGACGUCCCGGAUAUCAGAGAUGAAGAAGUGUAUAGUCCUGAUGAUGUCAGUACGGUGUUAGAUUGGAAACCAUGCCAACCGGUCAGUCGAAGCAGUUCUGGAGCUUCCACAAGGAAGUACAUCUCUGCCAUCUCUCUACAGGCAGACUCCGAAGAUUGCAACUCCAGGUACCCAAGGUCAGAGAAGGCUUACAAAAUAGUUCUUGCUGGCGAUGCAGCAGUUGGAAAAUCUAGUUUCCUUAUGAGACUUUGUAAAAAUGAAUUUCGAGGGAACACCAGUGCAACUCUAGGGGUUGAUUUUCAGAUGAAGAGGCUUAUUGUUGAUGGUGAACCUACAGUGCUUCAGCUGUGGGACACAGCUGGACAAGAGAGGUUCAGGAGCAUUGCCAAAUCAUACUUCAGAAGAGCAGAUGGUGUGCUGCUGCUAUAUGAUGUUACCUGUGAGAAAAGUUUUCUGAAUGUACGAGAAUGGGUGGAUAUGAUUGAGGAUGCAACACAUGAAAAUAUCCCAAUCAUGGUGGUCGGAAACAAAGCAGACCUUCGCUCGGCAGCUUAUGAACAAGGAGAGAAAUGUGUACCAGUAAGUUAUGGAGAAAAGCUGGCCAUGGCAUACAAUGCAUUAUUCUGUGAAACAAGUGCCAAAGAUGGAUCUAACAUUGUGGAGGCAGUUCUUCACCUUGCUCGAGAAGUGCGAAAAAGAAGUGAUCGUGAAGAGGACAACAGGUCUGUAACAGACUUGACGGGGACAACGACAAAGAAGUCAGCGCUCACCAAAAAUUGCUGCAAUGGUUAG